GAGAGAGAAGGCAGCAUCGAAAGAAGGAAGAAAAAAACAACAACUGGAAAGCCCAGAGACUGACAAGAGGCCAGCGAUCCCAGAAAACGAGACAACCACUCAACAAGCACCAUGAAGACUUUGACCCUGCUUUCUCUCUGCGCUGCCCUGUCAGUCUCCUGGUCCACUUGGGAUGUAGUACUCGACCCCGCUGCUGUUGUUACACCUGAACCUACACCUGCUGUGGACACUUCCUCUGCCUCGGACUCCUCCUCAUCUUCAUCCUCAUCCUCGGAAUCUGACUCGGCUUCCUCAUCGGCGUCUGACUCUGCCUCAUCAUCGGCCUCUGACUCUUCUGCCUCAGACUCUUCUUCCUCUUCUUCCUCCUCUUCCUCGGAGUCAGCCGGAGCCAGCACUGAGGCUCCAGAAGUGAUCAUGAAGAGAGACCUGGCCUCCAUCUUGUUGAGGAGGAGGAGGGCCGCCCCCGCCAUACCUGCAGCCCCUGCAGCCCUCACCCCCCUCCAGCUGGAGAGCCUUAGCGAGGUGUGCGAGCUGAACGUGGCGUGCGAUGACAUGGCCGACACCGAAGGCAUCGUUGCAGCAUACACCGCUUACUACGGCCCCGUCCCCUUCUAAAAGACACCAUCCGAACCACCUAAGCUGUUUUUUUACUCAUAGAGUAUUAUCUGACGUUGUUGGUGUAAACUACAUCUUUGUGUAUGUUCCUAAAGGGGCAAUGCUAGAAACAUAUCAAAGAGGAACUACUCCUGCCUUCUGUUUUGGAACCCAACUACCAGUUUUUUUGGCUGUCUGAAAGCCAUGAAUCCAUGUGAAACUGUCCUUUCAAGUGCAGACUGUAAGUUUGUAUAUUUGUAAUGUACGAGGAAGCGAUGUUUCGCAUUGAGCUUUGGUAACAAGGAGAUACUCCAAACAAGGUCUGUGGAAACUACAGUAUAGAAGUGUAUAUUGAUGAAUGCAAUAGUAUCACAAAUGGUGCUAAAACAGCAAAUGUAUUGUCCUGAUGUAUCAUGUUUAUCCUUUUGUAGUAUUACGCUUAGUUGAAAUGCACAU